CUAUUUUAAUUAUCAUGAGAUGAUGUGAAUUGAAAGAGCGUCACAAUUAUUAUUUUCUUAUCGCCAAGUGAUAUUCUGACAUUUUGCGCUAUCAAGCGUCAUCCUUGUUGCACAAGGCCAGCCCAGCCCAAACAAUCUUACCAAGGCAACCUCAAGAGUCAAAACAAACGGUGACGAUUCUAAUCAUUUACAAAGAACAACACGACCAACAAUCAAUUUUCUACAUCGAACUGAAUCGCAUCAAAUCGCAUCUCAUUCAUCACUUCAAUUGAUCAUGGCACCGCCUCUCGAACUGUCGAUACCCAGCACAAUUCUCUCGAGUGCUCCUAAUGAAAAACCCUACACGCUCUACAAUAUUACAUUACGUCUCCCCCUCCGAACCUUCGUCGUUCAAAAACGCUACUCCGACUUUGUGACUCUCCAUUCGUCCCUCUGCGCCCAAGUUUCCGAUGCUCCUCCUUCCCCCCUUCCCGCAAAAACAUGGUUCAAAAGCACCGUCAACUCUCCUGAACUAACAGAAGACCGUCGUCGCGGUCUCGAAACAUAUCUCCGUAGCAUUGCCGAAAAUCCCGAUCGUCGAUGGAGAGAAACGAGUAUUUGGCGACAAUUUUUAAAUCUGCCUAGUAAUAGUGGGAAUGGAAGUUUGAGUAGUGCGAGAGAGGGACUUAUUGCUGCGAAUCAGAGAGGUGUGGGUGGUAAUGCUGAGGUCAUGGCUGAUCCUCAGAUUUGGUUGGACGUUCAUCGCGAAUUGAAGGCGCAGUUGCAUGAUGCGAGAUUGUUUUUGGGGAGGAGGGAUGGCGCGAAUACGGCGGCGGGUCAGUAUGAGGCGGGCGCGAAUGCGAAGAGGUGUUUGGUGAAGGCUGGGGGGUUACUUAAGGAUUUGGAGGAUGGGCUGAAGGUUAUGGGGGAGGGGGAGAAGAAUGGGAGAGGAGAGGCAAGGGUUGGUGCAGGUGAAUUGAGGAGGAGGAGAGAUUUGUUGGGGAGUGCGAAGGUGGAAAAGGAGGGAUUGGAAAAAUUGGCUGUUACAUUGGCGAUUAAAAAUCAGGCAGGUUCGAGUUCUGGAAAUGGUAAUGCGGCGGCAACUCAAGCGGAUAAAAGCGCAUUAUUUGGACCAGGAGUAUCCCGACCCAGUGGAAGAGUUCUCGGCGCACCGGUUCCCGAAACGGACAAAACGAGAGAAUUGGAUAAUGAGGGAGUGUUACAAUUACAAAAGGAAAUGAUGCAGAAUCAAGAUAUGGAUGUGGAAGAACUAGCCAAGAUUGUGAGAAGACAGAAAGAAAUGGGAUUAGCUAUUCAUGGAGAAUUGGAAUUGCAGAAUGAGAUGUUGAAGAGAGUGGAUGAGGAUGCUGAUAGAGUUAAAGGGAAAAUUAAUAUUGCAAAGAAGAGACUUGGAAAGAUUCGUUAGACUUUGAUACAGACAGAAGAUACAUACAUAGUGUACGAACGGAAGGUAUGGAAGGUGUGGAAGGUAUAUGAUAGGGUAUUUGAUAUUUAUUGGAUGCAGCAUGCAUGGCGUUUAUGGAUUUACUUGCUCGCUAUUUCGAUGCAUAGGAAUUGGGAUUGAAUGGGAUGGGUGGAUUGGAAUGGGUUGAAAUGGGAUGGACACGGGGAAAUAUUUGUAUAUUGUAAGAUUACUUUUUAAUAUAGUUAGUUAAUUGUGGAUGCUAGAUGGGUAGUAUGUGUAUAUGUAUGGGUAGGUAGUUUGAUAAUAUAAGUAGGUAUUUAA